CCACACCCCACAAAUGUACACAAAUAUUUUGUAUGAGAGGACUCGUUUAUCAUUACAGUAUACGACUUCGAUUAAGCGUGGAUUUUACUGAAAAUUAAAACAAUGAUGACAUCAGCGUGGUGGAUAUAAAAUAGAUAUAACCAUCAGAAAUAACCUCCAAAGUCCAGUGUUAUACUGGGAGAGGGAUCAAACAUGUGAAGAACAACUCCGGAACACUUGGAACUUGUGCUUGGUCAUAAGUGGAUAAGGAAGAAGCAACCAUGGCCAGACUAUACAGUGAGUAUACCAAGGUGAUAGACAUCAACAACCUACCUGACCCCACCAAUACAUGGGAACUGGAGGAAAGGAUUGGUAUGGGCACAUAUGGGGAGGUUUUCUCUGCAAGACAUAAAGAAACAGGGGAAAUUGUGGCUAUGAAAGUACUUGAAUCUCUGCACGAAAUCAUGGAAGAAAUUGAGGAGGAAUACAUCAUCCUACGUGAUUUAGGGAACCACCCCAAUAUUGUGAAGUUCAAAGGAAUAUAUCUAAAGUUAGAUCCCCUUGGUGCUGAUCAGAUCUGGCUUGGCAUGGAGCUUUGUGCAUCGGGGUCAGUUACAGAGCUCGCAAAGAGCUGCAUAGAUAGGGGGCAGCACCUGGAUGAACUACUAAUUGCCCAUAUACUCAAGGAAACACUACUCGCUCUCCAGCAUCUUCACAACAAUUAUGUCAUCCAUAGGGAUAUCAAAGGACAUAAUAUACUACUAAACAACAAUGCAGAUAUAAGAAUAAUAGACUUUGGUGUAUCUGGACAUAUGGAAGAAACGAAAGGCAGAAGAUAUACUUCUGUGGGAACUCCUUUCUGGAUGGCUCCUGAAGUGAUCGCCUGUGAGCAGCAAAUGGACUAUAACUAUGACAGCCGUUGCGACGUAUGGUCUCUCGGCAUAACUGCCAUUGAACUAGCAGAUGGAGAAGCCCCAUUGGCUGAUAUGCAUCCAAUGAGAGCACUGUUUAGAAUUCCACGAGAUUCUCCACCCUUGAUGAAAAACCCACCAAAAUGGUCUGAUGAUUUCAAAGAUUUUAUAAGAAGGUGCUUGGUGAAAGAUUUUGAAAGUCGUCCAUUUGUGUCUAGUCUUCUGUCACACCCAUUCAUUACUCAAGUCCCCGAAGAUACUACAGAGAUCAAGAGGCAGCUCCAGAACCUGGUGAAAGCCAUGGGGAAGGUGAUACAUGAGCCAGAGGUGACGACCAAACAUGGCAAGCUGAGGAAGUCACGUCAUGAAGCAAUUGAUUCAUAUGAUGAUUUGGCCCUCCUUGAGGAUCUCAGUGAGGAAGGGAUCGUCACCCACCUGUUUCAGCGAUACAUGAAGGGGCAGAUCUACACAUAUAUUGGAGAUAUACUACUUGCUGUAAACCCCUUCACUCCUCUCUCUAUAUACAGUGAUGAGUAUAGCAAGCUUUACAGCAAUUGUGGCAAGCCAGACCAUCCACCACAUAUAUUUGCAAUAGCAGACCAAAGUUUCCAAAUGAUGAUGCAUCACAAACAUAAUCAGUGUAUAGUCAUCUCUGGCGAGAGUGGAGCUGGCAAAACAGAAAGUGCUAAUUUUCUAGUGCAACAACUAACCCUGUUAGGGAGGGCUCCCAAUAGGACAUUAGAGGAUAGAAUCUUGCAAGUGAACCCUCUUAUAGAGGCAUUUGGCAAUGCAAAGACUGUGAUCAAUGAUAAUAGUAGCCGUUUUGGCAAAUAUCUAGAAAUGACCUUCACACCAUAUGGCAAGGUCACGGGAGCCAAAAUGUCAGAAUAUUUACUGGAGAAAUCAAGAGUAAUCCACCAAAACCAGAAAGAAGAGAACUUCCACAUAUUCUACUACAUCUAUGAUGGGUUAGCACAUGACGAUAAGGAUGGGAAAUAUCACUUGGAUGUCAAGAAAGAUUUCAGAUACAUGAAUAGUUACAACAAAGACAUUAUAGAUGUCUCCUCUGUCUCAAUCAACCGGGUCAAGUUCCGAGCUGUUCAACAUUGCUUCGAAAUGAUAGGGUUCAAAUCACAGGAAGUAGAAUCUGUUUAUAAGAUUCUCUCAUCUAUACUCCAUAUUGGAAAUAUCAAUUUCAAAGAACGAGAGAUGAAGUAUGAACAGUCCUGUUCUGUAGCCAAUCCUGAACUGCUAAAAAUUGUUGCCAGUAUGCUUGGAAUUAACUCCAAGGAGCUGAAUGAGUCAUUAACCACAAUGGGCAUGGUUGCUAGAGGGGAGACCAUCAUACGCAACAACAAAGUAGAGGAGGCAGUAGAUGCAAGGGAUUCUAUGGCUAAAGUCUUAUAUGGACGACUCUUCAGUUGGAUUGUCAAUAAAAUCAAUGCAUUGCUGAAGCCAAAGAAGGCAACUGACAGCCCAACUGACUCCCAAGUCAUAGGCAUUCUGGAUAUAUUUGGAUUUGAGAACUUUAGCACCAACUCAUUUGAACAGUUGUGCAUUAACAUUGCCAAUGAGCAGAUCCAGUAUUACUUCAACCAGCACAUUUUUGCCUGGGAAAUGCAAGAAUACAAGAAUGAGGGCAUAGAAGCCACUGAUGUGGAAUUCAUUGAUAAUAGACCAGUGCUUGAUAUGUUUCUUACUAAACCAGUCGGGCUGCUAGCUUUACUUGAUGAGGAAAGCCAUUUCCCUAAAGCCACAGAUCAAUCCCUGAUAGACAAGUUUUCUAACAACAUCAGGUCUCCUUAUUACACCCCAGCUAAAGGGGAUGGUUCACUAAGCUUCAAGGUUGAACAUUAUGCAGGGCGGGUUGAAUAUGAUGCUGUGAAAUUCCUUGAGAAAAAUCGAGAUCGCCUACCUCCAGAAAUUGUGAAUCUUCUCCGUAUGUCAGAAAUCUCACUCGUACGCACACUUUUCCAGAAUCCCCUCACCAAAACAGGUGCCCUGGCCUGGGGAAGUACAAGUACGCCAUCUAGUACAAUCAACUCACCAAACAGUUCAACGGGUUCUACCUUCUCUAUCAGGAGUGCCCAUGGGAGCAAGGGUGGAUCUGCCAAUGCAAGUCAAACAAGGUCUCAGCAAACAGUGGCGACAUAUUUCCGCUAUUCACUUAUGGACCUCCUCUCAAAGAUGGUGGCUGGUACUCCUCAUUUUGUUAGGUGUAUCAGACCCAAUGUUGAGAAUGCUGCAGGGUUGUAUGACACUGACAAAGUCUUACUUCAAUUGCGCUACACUGGGGUGUUGGAAACCACCAAGAUCAGGCGUAUGGGAUACUCACAUAGGGUCCCUAUAUCAGAGUUCCUCAAGAGGUAUUAUGUGCUUGCUUUUAACUGGCUUGAGAAGGUGGUCGUUUCCAAGGACAGCUGUAGAACACUGCUUACAAGGAUUGGUCUUAAGGACUGGGCUAUUGGGAAGACAAAGGUAUUCUUGAAGUAUUACCACAUUGAGGAGCUAUCGAGGAAGUUUGAGGAACACCAGCAGAAGAUUGUACUGGCACAGUCAGUGAUGAGGAUGUGGCUCCAGAAGCAAAGAUUCAAGAAACUUGUAGCUAAACGUCAACACAGUGCUGUUAUUUUACAAUCAUUCCUAAGAGGCUAUGUAGCAAGGAAGAUUUAUAUGAGAAGUACCAAGAAGAGAAAAGUAGCUGCAACAGUCAUUCAAACAUGUAUUCGAGGCUAUCUGACAAGACAGAAAUAUCAACCAGUCAUAGAAAAGCGACAUAAAUCUGCCGUCAUAAUCCAGGCAAAUCUAAGAGGUUACUUCCAAAGAAAAAGCUACAAAAAAGCUCAGCAUAGUAAACUAUACAAAAUAGUUCGACUGCAAGCCUUGAUAAGAGGGUUUCUGGUACGAGCCAGAAUGCAAGCUAUGAAACAACGACGUUUAACACGGGUCGACCAGGCAGCUACAACGAUACAGAAACAUGUCAGACGUUGGAGUCAACAAAACAGCUAUAAGGCACUAAAAUCAUACCAAUCUCAAAAGGAAACACAGCUGAUAUACUUCUCACAGCAGGCGGAGCACUAUAACAAUGAGGCCAGGUCCUCAUUGCUCAAAACUAACACACAAGUCUUGCCUCAUAUGAUAGAACAACAGGCUAAUGGUUUACUGGUAGAUACCCCAGAACCAACUGCAUUUGCACAGGAGGCUGAAGACUCCCACAGUCCUUUAAUCCAGAAUGAGACUGGUGAGACACUUACAGAGGAGGUCUUAGUAACAAAUGGUGAAGCACACACAGGACUUAGUGAUGAGAGAGUCAAACAAAUACAGAGACUAGGUGACAAGAAAGUGCCAUGGACCAAAGAAGAUGAUGCUUACUACAGUAAGAUACAAGAGGAAACACGACCAGCAAAGAAAAUAAGGAUGAGCCGUAAAAAUGAUACCUCUGGUUGGGAUAAACCACUAAAGAUGGCGCAGGACCAAGUACUAGCUGCACAAUUUGUGAGGAUUGUUGAUGUUGCCCCAGGAAUGACUGUACAUCCUACCAUACAGACCAAUCCCCAUGUUGAGAGACAAUUGUCAUAUUCCACAUCAAUACCAGACACUCCUCCAGUAGAGGAGCCCCUGUCCCCUGGUCUCAAGUAUGAGAUCAUUACACCCCCUAGAGUACAGUCACCACCCCCUAAAAUAACAUCUGCCAUUCCAACUGUUAUAGAUCCAUCCCUCGAAAUAUCAGAUUUACGGGAAAGUUCUAAAAAUGGAGAUGCAAUUGAUGAUCCUCCUAGUAAAAGGAUGCUCCCUGAAAAGCUACAUUUUUCAUUUCCUCCUCCACCCCCUUCAUCCCCUCCUCCGUUGAUUGCUCCUUUCUCGCAGCGAGCAUUGAAAUCUCCACCAUUGACUAGAAAACCCAAUGCAUCAAUAAAUGAAGAACUUCAGUCAGUUUUCAAAAAUCGUAAGCAUUCUCAGAGUUUUUCACCCACUUCUACUCAAGCUCCCCCUCUUAAUGGGAAUGCAAAUUUCAAUGGGGAUGACUUGACUCCUCCUCCCCCUCUUCUGUCAGCAAAACCUAUUCCACCCCCUCCCCCUGCAUAUUCAAACUACCAAAGCUUCGUUGCACCCCAAGGAUUUAUAAAAAACUCAAAGCCUUCAGCUCAACCAAACAGUUUUCUUCUUAAUAGAAAUUCAGUUGAUUCAAAUACCAUAUCUCCCCCUGUCAUGAAUGGCCAACCCCAAAUGAUGAAUGCGGAAUCGAUCGCAUCUGCCAUUCAUUCAAGACAGAUUGUUUCUCAACCCCCUCCCCCACCCCCACUCAAUGAGAUAUCCCCAUCCAAUAGGAAAAAAGUACAGUUCCAAUCAGGGGAGGCUGACAUCAUUAAUGGUGGUAGCAUAAUAAGCCAAGGUUCAGACAGUAACGAGAUAGAAGAGGACCUACCUGCAGCAAAGGAUGAGAUAAUUGAGGAGACAAGGGAGAGUUCAAAGAAAGGUACAAUGCAGCAGAUUAUAAUGCAGGGGAUCAAGAGUAGGAAGCUCACCCCAGACCCCAAUAGUAACAUUCAAAGUGACGACAGGUCAAAUAAACCAAACAGAUUUAUCAGUGAUGAUGAUUAUAAGAAAGAAGAGGAAGAUGAGUCACGUGUCUUGUUCGACUUUAGAUCUGUCUUAAAGAAAACAAACUAUAAUCCCAACAAAACUCUAAGAAAAUUACCGGAACCAGAGCGUGAAGUACCCCAAGUAGACUUUAGGGAUGUUUUGAAAAAACGCACCUUGAAUGGGGAAGAGAAUCGGCUUAAAAAGCAUGUUACGGCGGAAUGAAAGAGAAACACAUUCACAAUAAAUGUACAUAAAAUGUUAGGCUAUCCUAAGCAUGAACUUACAGAAUUUGAUAAGGUAUGAUCUUAUAAUAAAAUGUACGACAUGUUGUUAGGUGUAACUAUUUAUUAUUAU